AUGAGUUCUUUUAAUAAAAUUGUGAUUUUAUUUCAAAUAAUUUCAGUUUAUGCUUUAUUAGGAAAAGCUUCUUUGCGACAAGCCGUUCCUGGUUUACGCAGCAUAACUUUUUAUACAUUCGAUGAAUCUUUUACUGGUGCAGAUGUUUUCACACAAAAAGUUGAUAAAAAAGUUUUUGAAAAACUCUCAACUGAUAAGCAAUUUGUUUCAAGUCCAGAAGCCUUACAAAGUUCUCUAGAAUUUCUAGAUUUACUUGAUGGACGUUGUGAUAUUCAAUUGAAAUGUGAAAAGAAAGAAUGCCUUGCUUGUGCUAAACAAGACUGUUCAGAAUGUGGUGGAUCUUGUGGAACCACACAGUUCAUAACAACAGCUACGAAAAAAACUACGACAACUUCACGACCUUUUGCACCUAAGGUAUACACAGAACCUUCAACAACUUUAAAAAGAAUUACUUAUCCUGAAAAUGUCACUGAUCCUGUUGUUACAACAUUUCGUGGUACAUUUCGUGGAACGACAACUACUUCGCAACCUAACACUCCUAACGUAUAUACAGAAACUGCAUCAUCAACAACUACAGGUAGAACAUCAAGAACAUCUACAAAUGGAAGAGAAUAUUUACCAACCACAGAACCAACAACAAUACCACCAUCUGUCAUAACGACAAGUUCUUCUUCACAAUCUAACACUUAUCCUAAAAAAUACACAGAGCCUGCAACAACAAAAAAGCGUAGAACAAAAAUAUCUACAAAGGGUAGAGAAUACUUACCAACUCCAGAAGCAACAAGUCCACCAUCUGUCAUAACCACAAGUUCUUCUUCACAAUCUAACACUUAUCCUGAAAAAAUCACAGUUCCCGCAGUGACAACAAUUUCUGAAGCGUACACAGAACCAUCAACAACAGCAAAACGAGUUACUUAUCCGAGAAGAGUUAGUGUUUCUGAAGUUGUUACAACAAGUCCUAGAACGACAACAACUUCCCAACCUAACACUCCUAAAGUAUAUACAGAAACGGUAUCAUCAACAACUCCAGGUAGAACAACAAGAAUAUCCACAAAUGGAAGAGAAUAUUUACCAUCAAGAACCCCAGCACCAACAACUUCGCAACCUAACACUCCUAAAGAAUUUCAGGAAACUGUAUCAUCAACAACUACAGAGAGAACAACAAGAAUAUCUACAAAUGGAAGAGAAUAUUUACCAUCAAGAACCCCAGCACCAACAACUCCACAACCUAACACUCCUGAAGAAUUUCAGGAACCUGUAUCAUCAACAACUACAGAGAGAACAACAAGAAUAUCUACAAAUGGAAGAGAAUAUUUACCAUCGAGAACCCCAGCACCAACAACAAGACCACCAUCUGUCUCAACCACAAGGAAACUUGUUGUUACUAUCAAAAGCUCAACAUAUUCAAGAAGAAAAGUCACUUAUCCGGCAAUAACGCCAAAACCUCAAUAUAAGAGGAUUUUUAUUGAAGGCGCUGAAUUCCUUGUUGGAAAUUAACAUGAAAACCUACACUUGUUAUGACCGCUUAUUGAAUGAAAAAUAAAAAGAAGAGAACUCUAAUUGGACUAAUGUUACCAGACACUAAAUAACGCUAUAAAAAUGAAAACCCUUUCUGUAAAAAUUGUAUCUA